UGGCUCGCCUCCGUCCUUCACUCUCAGCUGCCGGACCCCUCUGUGCCAGGACGCACCACAGCUUCUUUUUCUAACUGAUAAACUCACUUCGUCUAGCAAUGGAGCCCCUUUUUAGACGCCAGAGUUCUCAAGUUCUUGGAGGUCAAUUGACACAGUUUCCCAGACCUGUUCAGAUGGACAGGUCUUAUGCCCACAGUGUCAGUGGAGGAGCAGGCGGCCAUGGGAUCAAGAUCUCCACAGCCUACGGCACACGGGUUGGCAGCGGCUUCGGGGGUGGGUAUGACUACCAUUCUGGGUCUUCUGGGUCGAGUUCUGGAACCCAGACUAUCACGAAUGAGAAGGCAACCAUGCAGCACCUGAAUGACCGCCUGGCUUCCUACCUGGAGACAGUGAGGAAUCUGGAGAAGGCCAACAGCAUCCUCGAGAUCAAGAUCAGAGAGACCAUCGAGAAGAAAGGACCUAUGGAGGGGAAGGACUUCAGCAAGUACAACGCCAUCAUCACUGAGCUGAGGGCUAAGAUAUUUGACAUGAUCCGUGGAAACUCACAUCUUAAUAUCCAUCUUGACAACGCCAGACUUGCAUCAGAUGACUUCAGAGUCAAGAUGGAGUAUGAAAUGUCCCUGCGUCAGGCAGUCGAGGCCGAUGUGGCCAGACUGAGGAAGCUUCUUGAUGAUACCAACGUAAUGCGUCUCAACUUGGAGGGUGAAAUCGAGUCUCUGAAGGAAGAGUUGAUCAACCUGAGGAAGGCCCAUGAGUUGGAUGUUACCGAGUUGCGUGCCCAGAUCAGCCAGGUUGGGGUCCGUGUGGAUGUUGACGCUCCUAAGGGACAGGACCUGGCUAAGAUCAUGGAGGAAAUGAGAGCCAGCUAUGAGAAGAUAGCACGGAAGAACCAGGAGGAGCUCAAAACCUGGCAUGAAUCUCAGAUCACCGAGGUGCAGGUCCAAGUAACUGAGAGCUCAACUGCUCUCAAGGAAGCCACAACUGUGAUUUCAGAAAUAAGGAGAAGGUAUCAGGGACUAGAGAUUGAACUGCAGUCUCAACUUAGUCUGAAAGCUUCCCUGGAGGCCACGCUGCAGGACAUCGAAAUGCGAUACAACAUGGAGAUGGAGAAGUACAACGUGAUCAUUGUGAGGCUGCAGGAGGAGCUCACUCAUAUCCGCACCGACAUCCAGCAUAGCACAAGAGAGUAUGAGCACCUUCUCAACAUCAAGGUUAAACUGGAGGCCGAAAUCGCUGAAUACAGAAGGCUGCUGGACGGCGAGGCAGACCUCGAUCUGGUCGAUGCAGUUGACCCGAGGAUGGUCCAGACCAAAGUAGUGACGGUCACUCAGACUUUGGUGGAUGGCAAAGUGGUGUCCGAAAGCAAGGAUGUCCAAUCCAGUGAAAAAGCUGUAAAUUAAAAACUGGGGUCUGGGAAACCUUUUGUACCAAUAAAAAAUGAUGAAAAAAAAGUGUA